AUGUCUGGCACUGACAUGGCGUCCGCCUCUGUGCAGCCCGACGCGUCGGCAGAGCAGGCCAGCAAAGUCACAGAUGGUCCGCAGAGUCCAACCCGCCAUGAAAUAAAUGGUCCGCUAACCAUACUAGGAGCCGCUACGGCUACGGGAGAAACUACAAAACAGCCAGGCUACGGGGACGAGCGAAAGACCCACUACACUGCCGAAGAGAAGGAAGACUUCCGAGACCCGGAGAGACUAGUUGUCCUGCUCGCGCAUAUUAUCAAGUGGGGCCUUGACCACAAUGAGAACGACCUGUGCCAUCUCCAACAUGGCGUACGCGGCGGAGGAUACUACAGAAUGAUCGGCGGCGAUCCUAGGGGUCCUUCGGAGGCUAUUCGGGACUGGGCGGUGGGGUUGCCUCGCACUCGACGGAUCGUGGAUGGCAUUGUGCACUUCUCCACUCCGCCUAUGCCCAUGAUGGAGUUCGCGAGGUCGCCGGGAGCCAUCAACCUGGCCCCUAUUGCAGCAGGAGACGUAGCCCGUGCAAUCAAGAAACAUCCUUUCAACGACACAUCGCCCGGAAACUUCCUCGCGGACCUGUUAUGCAGAGACUCUGCUGCGUUGAGGAAACACGAGGCGCGCUUUCGGAAGAUGCUGCACAGCGCCCCCCACCUAUUGCUCAAAGGCGCCACCUUGUGCCUCGUUCUUCUCUACCACAGUGCUGACGAGAUUGCGCAAGCUGUCAGUUUGUUCGGGAACGGCAUUGCUCAAUCUGGAAUCUACAAUCGGAUAGAAGGCUCGCUGCGGAUGAUACUUGACAAAGACGACGUGCGGAAAGAGCAGCAAACUCUGUUGGAGGGGGCGUAUCGUAUGAGGAAGAGGCUACAAGACGAUACGAUACCGGCUCCUCUUGACCCCCAGUCGCUUCAGACCUUGGCUCAGAGCGAAGAGAUCCCUCGAAACUGGUUCUAA